AUGAUCACCCGCAAGGCGCUUUCCGUCCUGAGCUGUGCCUCGCUGACACUGGCUCAGGUCACCGUUUACGGCCAGCUGCCCCUCGGCCAGAUGCAGACGCAAUCGACAACCGCGGAACUGCCAAUGACGACGGUACGAGCAGCCUACAACAAUACGCUCCUCCAAGUCCCAGAAAUCCCAGCAGAAGGAAUCACCAACGAUUUCACCCUCCAACUAACACGAGAUGCCAGCGCCGUGCCAGGCAUCUCCAUCCCUCAUGUGGGAUCGGCUUUCUAUGGAUUCUCGAUUGAAAUGUCAGUCAUUAACCAAGUCCUUGGCAGGAACUCCUCUUUCUUGAAUGUGCCAUUCCUGAACCUCCUCGCCAACCUCGAAGAGCGAGCAGGAAGUGUGGUUGUUCGACUGGGAGGAAACACUCAAGAAUACGCUACCUACGUGGAGCAAGACGACCCAAGACUUGGACCAGGCCUCAGUUACGGCAAGACCGAGUCAACAUCGACGGGAACCACGCUUACGCCAGCCGUCCUCUAUACUAUUGAAAUGAUCUACUCCUGCGGUAACAUCUCUGAAAAGCUCAACGUCGAUUGGUUCUUGGGUAUCCCGUUCGAGGACCCCGUCAACUGGAGGCUGGAUAUCGCCGAGCUUGGCCAAGAAAUUCUCGGUGACCGUCUUCGGGCGCUGCAAGCUGGAAACGAACCUGAUUUCUAUGAACGCUUCAAUCGUCGACCGCCCGGCUACACCCCACAAAUGUACCAUGAUGAAGUUGGCAACCUCAUUGAAGUCAUCGCCACGAACGAUCGUAUCCCUCGCAAGAACAUCUUGCUCGGCCCAAGUACCUCUGGUCAAGUUUGGCAGGCGGAAGACGUUUUCGAGACUGGUUUCCUUGAGGAGUUCCAGGACCAUUUGUAUGGUAUCACCGUCGAACACUACCCACACGACAACUGUGUAGCCAUGUACGGCGGAAAUCCCAACAACUUGCGGGACCCUCAAGCGAUGCUUCCCUACUACCUGAACCACCAGAACGUCAUCGAACUCGUUGCGCCCUACUACAACACCGGUAACCUUGCUAUCGGCGCCGGCAAGCCACUGAUGAUGUUCGAAACUAACACCGCUUCUUGCGGUGGUUUCCCCGGUAUCUCCAACUCAUACGUCGCGGCCAUUUGGGGAUUGGACUACGGCUUCCAAAUGGCGUAUGCCAACUUCACCCAUGCCAUGUUGCACGUUGGUGGUCAGAACGUUUUCUAUAACCCCUUCACCGCACCCCCAACCGAGUACGCCGCCUUCAACCAAUGGACUUUGGGCCCCAUCUUCUACUCUGCAUUGAUCAUGGCCGAAGCCUUCGGCAAGAGCGACACCGCCCGAGUCGUCGACCUGUUCGCUAACAGCGGCAGCGUCAGCACCCCCGCCUACGCCAUCUACGAGAACGACCAGGUCAACAAGGUUGCGCUGUUCAACUACUUGUCGGAUCCUACUGGUGCCCAUGACAUCAACGUUGCGCUUACCGUCGACGGAGGUGUCCCUUCGUCUGUGCGCGUCAAGUAUUUGUUGGCCGAAACCGUCACAAGCAGGGACAACAUCACUUGGGCUGGCCAGACUUUCGGCAACCAAUUCGAAGUGGACGGCCGUCUCCGAGGCGAACUCAACGUCACCGAAGUACCAUGCGACCAAGGCGAAAACGUGUGCCGCGUCCGUGUACCUGCUCCAGGCUUCGCAUUGGUGUUCUUCAAUGGCGAAGACGAGGCGGUCCGCGUCGCCCAAGCCUCGACGACGUUCGCUACGACUGUGCACUUGAAGUCGCACAACACCGCGACUGUGGAUGCUGCUGCGCUCGCCACGUCCAAUGGACACAGCGGUAAACAGAGAGCGGAGAAGAUGGGUGGAACGAGUUUGGGCUUUAGGAAGCAUGGCGCUGCUAGUGGACGUGCGAGCUUGGGGAAGAGUGGGUUGUUGAGUGCUAUUGCUCUCGCUGCUGGAGCUUGGUUAUUGGUAUAA